AGCUAAUGACAAUGACUUUGUUUGUGAUAUCAAUGGUAAACACAUUCCCGCCUAUCUGCGAUGCAUCUAUGACAUUGACGAGACUGGUUUUCCUGUCGGCUGCAGAGAUGGGAGUCAUUUAGACAAUUGUGACACAUUUGAAUGUCCUCGAAAUACAGUAAAAUGCCCCGACAGUUACUGUAUUCCACAACGAUUUCUUUGUGACGGGGUGUUACAGUGUCAAGGAGGGGAAGAUGAGGAAAGCUGUGGCUGCAGUCCGUCGAAAAAAUGAAAUAAUUAUCAUCCAUGACGAAGAAAGUUCAAACGGUCCGCCGAUAGCUAAGUUUGCUAGACAGUUCAGCACACAUGAAAACAUCGUACGGAUACUGGGUUACAAAGCAUCGAGACCUUUACAAGCGUUCGGUAUCAGCAAAAUUUUCCUUGAAAUACGCGACAAAGAAAUUAACCAUGUACCAGACAUUGAAACAUCGUUUGAAUGUCGUUACAAAAUCAUGGCAAGGGAACUGUUAGAAUCUAUUCAAUUUACAAAUGAUGAAAUCAAAGGGAUAAUUAUUAUUCAAAGUAGUGAAAUAUCAAAAGAGGUCAUCAAUGAAAUGUUAGAAAAAGUAUUUUUCUCGGAACCUGACUUUAGAAUUUACAAAGUAAAUGAGAAUUUCAAUACGUCAUACGCUUCCAAAGUCCACAUCCCUAUAUCGAAAGUUUUUGACGUACGAGUAAAAAGAUGGCGAGUUCUGGCGGGAAUAGGUGCAGAGUACUUUAGCGAAAUAUGCAAAGUAUCCACGAAAGUACAUUGUCCAGACGGAUAUAAGUGCGCUUCGAGUAAAACGUGUAUACCAACAGAGCAAGUAUGUGAUGGAUUCAAAAACUGUUUACAUGGAGACGAUGAAGUUUUCUGUGACUUUCAAUGUCCAUACAAAUGUAAAUGCGUUGGAUUUAUUUCAAACUGCAGUGCUACAGACUUCAAUAUAACGAAGCUGCAUACAGUACCAAAGAAAACACGUUCUCUUGAUUUCAGUUUAAACAAGAAACUCAGUCCAAUCUUAGAGGAAUCAUUGCUUAAUAUUCGAGCGUUAUCGAUCUUGAGUCUUUCAGGUUGUGACAUAGAACGGUUAUACCGCAAUGCAUUUGAGAGAAUCAGGAACUUGCUGUCUCUGGAUUUAAGUUUUAACAAUCUAACCACUCUCUCAAGUUAUGUCUUUAAUAGCUUGAAACAUCUUAAAAUCCUUAAUCUUCGAGGUAAUUUUCAGCUAUCAGUAAUUGAGAUACAUGCUUUUGCCGGUCUGAGCCUUAUUCAAAACUUGGACUUGGCAAACGCUAAACUGGUAAAAGUUCGAGCAGACACAUUUUCUGGACUGACACUAAGAAAACUAGAUUUGUCAAAUAACAAACUUGAGGAAUUAGAAGACUUUACAUUUCGUGACUCAUCAAUCGAAGACAUCAAUUUCAAAGGAAAUGGUAUCAAAAACUUCAAUAAAGAAAUAUUUACUGGAUUAAUCGGUCUGAAGAAGCUGGUAACACCUGCUUUUAAAUUCUGCUGCAUUCGACCUAAUUAUGUUCAGGAAGUAGAUUGCUACCCACAAAAAGAUGAAUUUUCAUCUUGCGACGAUCUUAUGAGACAUUCUGUUUUGCAGUUUUUGAUAUGGUUAAUUGGAAUAACAGCGUUUCUUGGAAACUUCUUCACGGUUAUUUAUAGAGUGAAAUACGACAGGAAAAGGUUGAAACUAGGUUUUGGUAUAUUUGUCACAAAUUUGGCAGUGGCGGAUUUUCUGAUGGCUAUUUAUCUCAUUAUCAUAGCCGUAGCUGAUUCUGCAUUUAGAAAAAGAUAUAUUUUCGUCGACGACUACUGGAGACACAGUGUAUGGUGUAACCUUGCUGGGAUACUGUCUACUAUUUCUUCGGAAGCCAGCGUUCUUUUUCUGUGUCUCAUAACCUUAGACAGGCUACUUGUCAUCAAGUUUCCGUUUGGUGGUGCUAAAAUGUCCCCAGACAAGGCUGUCACAUGUGUUAUUUUCACGUGGCUGUUUUCUACUAGUGUCGCCAUAUUUCCUGUUGCAUACGAGGGGUAUUUCAAAAACGAAUUCUACUCAAAAUCAGGAGUUUGUAUCGCUCUGCCGUUAACAGGAGAUCGCCCGUCUGGAUGGGCUUAUUCUCUCACAAUCUUUGUUUGCCUGAAUUUCGUCACAUUUCUAUUGGUUGCAGUUGGGCAAUUGUCUAUUUUUAUUGAAAUACGCAAAUCUGCCGGAAUUGCCACUUCUGUAGAAUCUGCAAGAAAGAGGGAUUUGAAAGUUGCAAGAAACCUAUUGCUAGUGGUAGCAACCGACUUUUUGUGCUGGUUUCCAAUUGGAGUUCUUGGAAUGCUUGCGCUGACCGGUUACGCGAUUUCCGGUGAGGUUUACGCAUGGGCAGCGGUCUUUAUACUACCUGUCAACUCGGCCCUUAAUCCAAUUCUGUACACUUUGAGUGCAAUUAUAGGAAAGAAAAGUUUCAAUCCUAGUACAAACGAGCAGUCACUCACGAAGAUAAGUAAAGAAAUCGGUGAAAAUGCGAUAAGAUGUUUCAUCGUAAGCCGUCGACUAACUGCGAAGAAAACACUCCCGAAGUUUCAAGGUAUAAAUGAGCUUCCCGAAGAAUAUGUGCAUAUUACUGUAGAUGCCAUUCUAGCAGUUGCUGCCAAACUUGCCCAAACUCUAGACGCGACUCAUUCUAAUUCUUUGGGAAUUAAAUGUCUGGACGUGACAACAGUCAUCGUUGGCAUUGCCAAUAAGAAGCUUACAGGAGCUGUGAAAAUUAAAGGUGAGCCGUUUAUUUCUUACAAACCGGAAGAUAAAACAAAUAAUAUCAACCAGCUAGGAGUACUGCUGAGGAGCCUUCUUGCUGCGAGAGAAAGGAAACGUGUAUUACAAUAGGUGGAUUUCAACAUGGACAUGUCAGUUCGAAGGACAAUUAUUGACUACGAACAUAUGUUUUUGCUAAAUACAAUUAUAGAACUGAAAUUGAAUUGAAUCAAAAUAAGUGUUCUUAUCAAAUAUCUUUGUUUCUGUUAAGCUUACUUUUAUAAGACAUAAGACAUCUACUCAUUUAGGUUGUUGUCUAUCUAUGGUAAUCAAGACACAAUUAAGCGUCAGCUUGUAGAAACACAUAAAUAUCUAUUGUCACCUAUUUAUCGACAAUUUUAAGUAUUGAUCCAUACGAAAAUCUUGAAAUACCUCGGUAGCUAGGUUUGAAAUGUAUACGGACUGUACGAAACGAUAAUUAAAUGAUUGAUGUCUUACUUAAAAGCUACUUUUUUUUUAUUUAUUUUUUCUUAAAUAAUCAAUGUGUCGCUUUUAAAUGCGUAUUUUACUUAUAGAUAUUGUCUUUUCGUAUUAAGUAUAUUUUAUCUAUUCCUGAUAUAGUUUUGUUUCACUUGUUAAAGGCAUUAUUCAUAAAAGAUAAUAUAUAGCUUUAAGGUCGUUUAUAUUUUUUAUUUAAUUUUGUAUUUAUUUGAUUAUCGAUUUAAUUAUUAAUAUAUUAAGCUUAGUUUAUAAAUGUUAUUGUCUUAAAACUGUGUAAAGUAGUAAUUCUGAUUGUUAUUUCUAACAAGUAAACAAUAUAGUCAAUGCAAAAUAUUGAGCCAUACAAAACUCAUAAACUGUCUUAUUUUGUAUAGGUUAGCUUACCAUCCUCACAAACAACUGUAGUUAUUCAAAACGGUAUGCAGUAGUACAAUUUAAACAUUUUGCUUAAAUAACCCAUGUAAAACAAACAAAACAUAUUAAUUGAUUAAUUCUUAAUCUUAAAGUAAUUAAAACAAUAUUUGAUAUCGUUGACUUAUCUAAGGAAAACCCGAAUACAUCAGUGAUGCUUGGAAUUAGUUUCUGUUUCUGUUUGUUUUAAUUUCCUUGUGUUUAUUUUCUUGUCUGCCUAUAUUCCUGAAAAGGGCUACUAUUGAUGGCAAAGUCGUUAAAACUCGAUAUCUAUGCUUAUCUUUAUGUGCUAAUUAUGUAUGUAUUAGGCGAGUUGUCGCCGCUUCCUUUGUGUCAUUUAAAGGCCACAUUUAACAUCGACCACACCUCUUAUCACCGGCUUAAUCAUUCCUUUUUGCAAAUUAUAUGACAUACAGACAAACAACUUAUAUCGGUUCAUGUAUGUAUUGUAGUAUGUGUCAUACUUUUGUAACAUAUGUAAUAUCUUAUUAGAAGGAUUUUUUAUUUUACUGGUAAACCAAACACAUAAACUUUUAUGCAUAUAUUACUCUGCCUGGUUUGUUUGAUUCUUGAUAUUUUAAAGUUUUAAGGCAAGCUGUUCUCGGUACUAUUCUUUAAUUUUUAUUAUAUUUGUUUGUAUGAAUAUAUUACGAGGGUGGGAUCAAAAGUAAUGCAAUCAAUGGUGUUAAAUGAGAACUAAAGGUUGGAUUAAGAAAAUCUUUAUUUCAAGCCUUCAAAGUAAUCUCCUUUGACAGAUACACAACGUCUCAACCAUUUAAUCCAAUUCUUAAAAGCUUUCUGAUAGUCUUUUUCAGGUAUAUCACUAAGGACUAGGAGGUUAAAUAUGGCGGCCCCCCAACUUUUGGCGGGUUGUAUAUUUUCUGCCUGCAAGCUUUUUCUUGAGACGAGGGAAAAGGAAAAAGUCACAGGGGGCUAGAUCCGGAGAAAAGGGUGGGUGUUCUAGAACAUAUACUCCCUGUUCAUUCAAAAAUGACGUCACAAUCCCAGCCUUGUGAAUCGAGGCGUUGUCAUGUAACAAAUGGAUGCCUCGGAUACCCGUCUUUGGUCAACGUUUCUGGAACUACUUGAGAAGCUUUUUAAGAACUUUUUUCUUAUAAAACUUGGCAUUCAUUGACUUGCCUUUAGGUACAGGAACCUGGAUGGCGAGACCUUUAGUAGUGAAAAAUAUGGCAUACAUAACCUUUUUUACACUUGCUAACCCAUCUGCAAACUGUGGAAAAGGACAUUUCGUUACUACCAUAAACAGCACAUAUGUCAGCACAAAUGUCCUUUGAACCUCUUCCGAGUGAAGCGCAAGUCUUAAUGUAAGACCUAAUUUCGUUCGCAUUUUUAGUGACAAGGUGAGCUUUUGUGAUCACCCUUCGUCCAUCGUCCGUCGUCAGUCCGUCCGUCCGUGCGUCCGUGCGUCUGGUGAUCCGUGUGUCAACAAUUUCUUUUCUACACGAUAGUGGUUUCAUUUAUGAUUUUAUUUUAACCAAACUUGCACCCAACUUGUAUCACCAUAAGAGCUCGGUUCUUUUCUUGAACUGGCCAGAUCCCAUUACAGGUUCCAGAGUUAUGGCCCCUGAAAGGGCCAAAAUUAGCUAUUUUGACCUUAUCUGCACAAUAGCAGCUUUUUUUUAAAUUUGAUUUUUACCAAACUGGCACACAAUUUGUAUCACCAUAAGAUCUUGGUUCCUUUCUUGAACUGGUCAGAUUCUAUUAUGGGUUCCAGAGUGAUGGCCCCUGAAAGGGCCAGGAUUAGCUAUUUUGACCUUGUCUGCACAAUAGCAGCUUCAUUUAUGAUUUGAAUUUAAUCAAACUUGCAAAAAACUUGUGUCACCAUAAGAUCUCGGUUCCUUUCGUGAACCGGCCAGAUCCCAUAAUGAAUUCCAGAGUUAUGGCCCCUGAAAGGGCCAAAAUUAGCUACUUGACCUUGUCUGCACAAUAGCAGCUUCAUCUAUAAUUUGAUUUUAACCACACUUGAACAAAACCUGUAUCACUACAAGAUCUUGGUUCCUUUCUUAAACUGGCCAGAUUCCUUCAUGGGUUCCAGAGUUAUGGCCCCUUAAAGGUCCAAAAUUGGCUUUUUUGGCUUUUGCAGCCAUAUAGAGACUUUAUUUAUGGUUUUAUUUUAUUAAGUAUCUUCAGCAACAAUAAAUCUUGGAUUCUAUGACAAAUCAGAUCCAUUCGUAGGUUCCAGAGUUAUUUUAUAUCUGAUUACCUCCCCUGAUUGUAAUCAAAAUGGAUUUAUAUCAGUAAGUACUUAUAGGACUUAUUUGAAAUUUCAUUAUUGUCAUUAGUUGGACUGAGCCAAUGAGGGUGGAUAACUAUGGACUGAUUUUAUGUCAAAUUACCUCCCUUUAUUUCAAAUUAAAAUGGGUAUAUCUCCGUAACUAAUGAAGAUAAUGAUCUGAAAUUUCAUUUAUGUCAACAGAUUUAUUUAGCAGAUCCUUCUUUUGUUAACUUACAAUCAUUUUUUUUAAUUAAUUUCCUUUUAGGUUACUAUAAAUAGCUUGUUUUCAGUAACUUUUUUAUUAUUGGCCGUAGGGAAAAACCGAGACCACUUUUCUGUGAUACAACAUGGAUGGUACCUCCAAUUUUUAGGUGUAUUUUGACAUAUCUGUACUUUGUAAGAUUUUUUUUUUUUUGGUUUAAUUUCUUCCCUUAGUUGUUCCUGUCCUUUGGACUGAGAUAUUUUUUCUGAGGACCUUCUUGUCCUCAAGUGCAAUGAAAACAGGUGGGCGAUAUAGGGCCAUCAUGGCCCUCUUGUUUACAUUUUUUACCAACCAUUUUGCUUAACCGCCUACGAGUAGGGUUUGUGCAAAUGUGAAUUGUGAGCGAGAUAUUGUGUCGACAUGUUUAGUUUAUAUGUCGAUUGAAAGCUAUUACAACGGGGAAUACUUGCAAGGCGUGAAUUUUGUACUCGCGCUAAAAAUAGCGGUUAUUAAUAGCCAGUGGCAUUACUUUUGAUCCCAUCCUCGUACCGUUUGUGUUGCUUUUAAAUAAGUAGUAUAUUUUCUUAAUAGAUAUAGUCUAUUUGUUAUUUUUUACCUAUUUCAAAUACGGUUUUUAUUUCACUGGUUAAAGAUAUCAUUUUAGAAAAAUAGUAUAUAAAAAGAAAGUUUUCAGUCUAGUAUAUCUUAUCGUCGUUUAUGUACACUAUAUUUUUGCCUUUAUAUCAA